AUGGCUUCCUCGUUGAAAUUAAAGGUCUCGCAAGGUGAGGACGCCGAGUAUAUCCAGGCGGAAAUCCAGGCAUUGGUCGACAACAAGGGCUGGGAACUCAUAGGAGAUGACACCAUUCGAAAAAAGUUUCACUUUAAAACAUAUACUAAAGUUUUGGAUUUUAACAAUGUCGUCGGAGUGAGAUGCAAGUCCGUGGACCACCAUCCAGUGACAACCCUGAAAUUUUCGUCGGCGACUUUCGAAUGGACUACACAUACUCCCCCAGGACUUUCUAGCAAAGACACCAAGAUGGCAAAUUAUUGUGAAGAACGAGCGAGUGAGAUUGGCCAGGUCUUGCCAGAGAAUGCCCCGUCUUGUAAGGGUUCAAAGGCCAAGGCUUAA